AUGGGGGAUAAGGAGAAGCAGGCGAUGAUCCAUCAUUGUAGGAUGGGGCAUGAUGAGGUGUUUAGCUGUUUUCAGAACUUCCAUGCUCUUGUAAAGAACCAGUUUCAGGUACAGGUCAAGGUGCUCAGGACGGACAAUGGAACGGAUGUGUCUUUCUGGGAUAUUCGUCUAGUCAGCAGGGGUAUAAAUGUUGGUGUCCCUCUGAAAAACGCAGAGCUUGACCACCUACACCCUGUGCAUGAUGGUCAAGAGGGGGAGAAGGAUGUGUCUCAUACUCACGGUGAUCCUGUGGACAUUAACACUGAUAAUGAUGUGCAGGCUCAGGUUCAACCAAUAGUGGGUACAAUUCCGGUUAGUACCAUCACUGAUGAUGAUGUGCGGGCUCAUGUCGAGCCAACUGUCGAUACACUUAAGAUUGGUGCUCUCCAGGUUCCUGUUCGGGAUCGAUGGCAGACGAAUACCCUGGUGUACUCUCGGCGGCAACCACAAGUGCAGGGGGAGCAGCAAGGCAGGGAGGCAAGAGUGCAGGGGGAGCAGCAAGGCAGGGAGGCAAGAGUGCAGGGGGAGCAGCAAGGCAGUGAGGCAAGAGUGCAGGGGGAGCAGCAAGGCAGUGAGGCAAGCUCAUCUGACACAGUGGAGCUGCCCAUUGCGUUGCGAAAACCUACACGUGAAGCGGCAAGGAAGGGUGAGGUAGCAAGGAAGGCUCUGCCAAAGGAUGAUGCUUGUGAUGACCUUGAUAUUGGCAAUUUUGUGUCUUACAAGGCUUUGUCACCUUCAUAUAAGGCAUUUGUUGCCUCUCUGCAAACUGUGUCUAUCCCUAGGGAUUGGAAGGCUGCAAAGCAAGAUCCGAAGUGGCGUGAAUCGAUGAUAGAGGAGUUAGAAGCAUUGAAAAAAAACAAGACAUGGGUGCUAACCACAUUGCCGGCAGGAAAGAAAGCAGUGAGUUGUAAGUGGAUUUUUACUGUGAAGCAGAAUCCUGAGGGCAAGGUGGAACGGUAUAAGGCUAGAUUGGUUGCCAGAGGAUAUAGUCAAACUUUGACUAUGAUGAGACAUUUGCUCCAGUUGCAAAGAUGA